CUUCACUUGCUCUACUUCUUCCGCUUUCUUUUCUGAAGACAAAAACAUCUGUUUUUCUUGUUUACAAUUUUAUGAAACAUUUCUUCACCAAAAAAAAAAUUAUAAAACAUUUGAAGGAGAAGGACGAGGGAUGGGAAACAGCACCACCACCACCAGAACAACAACCGCACAAUCGGUGCCGGACAUGGUGGCUGCGAUCAGAUUCCAUCCCACUGAAAAGGAAAUGGCAGACUUCUUGAGGAAGAAGAUGAAAAGUCACAAAUCCCAAGCCUGCCACUUCCUUCCUGUCAUCGAUGUCUGCAAGUUCGAGCCUUGGGAUUUACCUGAACACAUGUUCCCUGAUUCUGUUUUUCAAGCUAAGGCGUGGUACUCCUUCAGCUGGUGUGAUUACAAAUACAUAAAUAGUCUUCGCUGCAACAGAGUCACAGAGCAUGGCUCUUGGAAGAUCACAGGCAAGCCGCGGGAUAUCAGCUUGAAAUACUUCACUUGCAAAAAGAGGACAUUAACCUUCCAAAUCAAGACCUUCCAAGAAGGUGGUGCGUCUAAAUCCGUUAGGACUGGCUGGAUCAUACACGAGUACUAUUGCACUAAACCUAAGCAGGGUUCUAGUCCCCGUCAGGAGAGGGAUCUGAAGAGGGACUAUGUUCUCUGCCUCCUGAAGUAUAAGCCAGUUGAUUCUAAGUCUGAUAAAAAGAAGCCUGAGGGUACAUCGGUCUGUGAUGAUUUAGCUGAUCCUGGUAAUUGUGGAAACAUUGCCUCUAGUCCCAGAGAUGAUCAUGCCGUUUCUGCUGCUGCAAUGAAUCAUAUGACUCCAGAUACAGAAGAAGUUUUGGCAUAUAAAGAGCUAGAAGAUGAUCUACUUGGCAGUGGAAAUCAUGAUCUUGGUGAACCUGGUGGCGGUGUCUCAUCUGAUUCUAUUGAUCAAGCUCUCCGUGACAUGAUUCAUGAGUCCUAUGCUCCGCUAGGAGGAUUUCUGGAUUUACCCUUUCCUCCUCCUCAGCCACAUCAGUCACAUCAGCCACCUCAGCCGCAUCAUCCACCGCAGCUUGGAAAUGCUCCUGAUAUCUAUAGUCAUGAAUUUGUUGAUCCUGGUUCUGGUACUGGUGGCUGCAUCCCCUAUAAUUUUGAUGACCAAGCUGCUGCAAUGAAUCAUAUGGUUCUCAACACAGAAGAAAUUCUGGCAGACAAACAGCCAGAACGUGCUGUGCUUGGCAGUGGCGAUCAUGAUGAUGGUGAACCUGGUAUCGGCAUUUCAUCUGAUUUUAAUUAUCAAGCUGUAGAUGAUAUGACUCUGGAGUUUUAUGAUCAGCUAGAAAAAGAUUUGGAUUCACCCGUAUCUCCUCCCGAUCCACCUCAGCCACACCAGCUGGGAAAUUUUCCGGACGUCCAUAUUGGCGAAUUCAGUAACUGGCCAUCUACCAUUGGGGACAAUGAUUCUUAUGAUAUUAUUAAGAGUAACAUUGCAACCAAAUAUGAUAACGAACCAGUUAUCAACAUCACUUAUAAUUCUCAAAAUCUUGCUACAAAUGAAAGGAUUUCCGAGGCUUAUUCUCAGCCAGAAGAAAAUCGGGGAUCACCCUUCCAAAUGUUUGAUCAGCUACAGAAUUACCCAUUGCAGUCACCAAUAUUGUUCUCAGAACUGGGAGAGCUUCUGCUUGCCAAUACCUGUAUUGGACGCAACGAGUCGCAAUCUUUAAAUAUGGAGCUUGCGACUCUUUUCCCGCAAAGUUCUUGAAUAACAGAGGCAUCGUACACUCUUUCCAAUGGCUUCAACCUAUGAGAAUCAUUGGGAUGGGUGUAUGAUGGGUAUAGUGGAGUAAACCAGUGAUACUAAUGCUGAGUUACUCCACGGACGUGCAAAAGAUUAUUCUGCGUUAGCUAUUGGAGGAAAACUCCAAUAUCGUUAAUGACAACGAUACUCUUAUCUGUAGGAGAAUAUUAAGAGGGCCUUGUAAGAAUGUGUCUCAAACUCACAUUAUUACAUCGUGAUAUUCUCCUACAAAUAAUUGAAAGACACUCACAAUUAUCUACAUUUCUGAAACCAAGAUAUGUAGUCUUUGACGCACAGUAUUGGUUUUGGACAAUUAUGUCCGAAUCAUUGUUGUGUGUCACAGAAUCUCCAAGUCCUGUACACUUCAACCUUGUUAGGUGAACUUUUGUUGGUACAAAGGAACACCUGAAAAUGCAAAUGGUUGAACUGCUAUCCGGAUUCUCCGAACCCAACGAGUCCAGAUAAGGUAAUAAUGUCUUUUCUCAGAAGCAUUAUUCGAAGACGGUACUUCUUCUAUCAACACAACUACAGAUAUUCCUCAGACAACUGCAAUAUCCGCCAACAUCCAUUCCUGUUUACCCCCAUGGAGAUGCUCCAAGACGGAUCCGAAUGCAGAGCAGUUUCAAGAAACAAGGACUGUGAAGCUGCAGCUAGCGCAUUGUAUUGCUGUCUGCUCAUACCGUCUGAAGCAGGCAGGCAUGGAAUGCGCAGCGAAUUUGAAGGGUUCUUUCGAUUUCCCGGAAGCAUCUCCAUUAAGCGAUAAAUCAAAUCGUCCAGGGUAACAACAUUUCAAUUCCAACCACGUCCCAUGAUUUUCGAUCAAAAGCGGAUUUGCUUUGUUCCACCUUCACUAUACAGGAGCUGCUGCUACAUGGCUGCUGGAGACUCAACUGAUAUAUUAACAUAACCAGACACUUAUGUGAUGUCUUGGUUAUGAAAGUUGGAGCUUUGAGUUCCAUCCUCGAUGGAGUAGUGGUUACAAUUAUAUUUCAAAAAAUAUGUAUGAUCAAAAUUGAAGGUCUUAAACUUAUCAAUGACCUACUUUUUAAGUGUGAAACACCAAAACUUGUAUCUUUGUUAAUAUUGCUUUUAUUAUCAUGUCCUUGAGAAUGUUGUAUCAAAAGAAAAAUGCUUUUGUGAAUGUGGUUUAUUUCGAACAUUUGAAUGUUGAAUGGAAUAUUUUGUAUUGGUUUUUCGUUUUA